AUGGUUCCUGCGCCGUCGGGCGCCGCUGUGCUGGCAGUGAACUUCAGCCUUAUUGCGCUGGCUGCUGCCAUCAUCGGUGCUCGAAUCUACCUGCGACUCGUCAUACAGAAACAAAAGCUCGUCGCUGCAGAUUGGUUACGGGUUGCAGCAUGGAUAUCGGCUUUUGUUACGGCAUCGUUCGACAUUAUUUACAUGAAGGAGGAUGUGUUGAGGCCCGAGAUCAACUACACCCUUGUUAAUUGGGAUGUCCCCCCGGAGAAGCUAUCGAGAGUGCUGCGGUACAUGUGGGCCAGUGCCAUUCCCUUCUUCGUGACCUUCUACCUCUGCAAGGCAUCACUUCUCGUCGUAUACCUCCAGCUGUUCCCACCGUUCAUGACCAAGAGAAGGAUCAUUCUUUGGAGCGUAGUUGGCUAUUGUGCAUGCGCAUUGAUCGUGUCACUAUGCUUGCAGCUAUUCCUCUGUUUUCCGAUUAAACGAAACUGGUCGAUAUUGGGACCGGAGCCAUUCUGUGAUGACUUUGCCUUGGUCACUACCUUUCAGGUUGCUUGGACGCUACACUUUGUUGGAAGUCUCUUGCUCUUUGCUCUGCCAUGGCUCGUUCUGUAUAAGCUCAACAUGCGGAAGAGAGUCAAGAUCGGUGUCUACUGCGUAUUCCUUCUCGGAAUAAUCGACAUUGCAUUCUCGCUCACGCGCUUCUUGACAAUUCAACUCACAAAUGUCGGAGACUUCCGUUCCAUCACAACAAUUGAACUUUGGAGUGGCCUAGAUGUUUUCAUCGGCCUGAUCAUCGCCUGCCUUCCGGCUCUCCGACCGUAUCUUCGUAGAAAAGGCUCCAAGUACGAUUACAACUACAACACAUCCGGCCGACCAAACAACUCGUCUGGCGCACCAGUUCGCAGAGCAGCACAAAGUGGCUUCGAAGAAAUCGACGAAACACCAUCUCUGGAAGGCGACCCCGGUCCUGGGCCAUGGGCAGGAUCACAUUCACCGGAGCUCACGGCAGGUUGGAGUGAUAAGAAGAGCAACAGAAGCGAUAUCGAGCUUUUUAGUCUCGAUGUAACGGCCAAGGAUAGGACGAUUGUAUAA